GGCCCCCCGUCCCGGAGUGCCCCCCAACACCAGUGCUGCCCUUCUGGCCUCCGGGCCCGACGGGGAGAUGCUCUGGCUGGACGUCACCCACUGCCCAGGCCAGGCACCCCGGGUGCGGCUCAUGGGUCGGUACCUGCUGCCCCCCUGCAAGCAGCGCUGGCACACCUGUGCUGCCUUUCUGCCCCAGGAAGGGCUCCUGGUCUGCGGGGACCGCCGGGGCUCCCUUCUCCUCUUCUCUUGCAACAGCUCCUCGGAGUGGGCUGCAGAAAGCACCAGCAUUGUCAAUGGUGGCAGUGACCCGGUUGUUGAGGACUCCAGCAAUGAGUUGGAGCCCUCUUGCUUGUUGCACAAAGAGGCUUUUCCUCUUGAGUCCCCACUGUCAGUGCUCUUUGGACUCCACGGGAAGACAGGAGUUACUUCAGUGACCAUCCAUGGGGGCUACAUUUACAGCACUGGCCGGGAUGGUGUCUACCGCCAGCUCCGCUUGCGGGACCAUCAACUGGAGGUCCUGCAGAAGCACAGGCCCUGCAAAGGGCUGCAGUGGAUUGAGGAGCUGCACUUCACCUCAGAUGGGGACCUGCUUGUGCUGGGCUUUCAUGCUGACAACUUCGUAGUGUGGAGCACCAGGAUCGGCGAGAACAUCCACUGCAUCCCCUGUGGGGGUGGGCACCGCUCCUGGAGCUAUUGCAACAGCCCCUUGGCCGAAAUGUUCGCCUUUAUCAAGUCUGGGGAUGUGAUGCUGUACCACUGUGAGGCUGAGCCCUGCGAGCAGCAAGUGCUGCUGGCAUCCCUGCACGGGCGGGAGAUAACCUGCGUGCGGCGCCUGGGGGCUGUGGAGGUGCCCGGCCAUGCCACCUUUAAUGUGUUUGUCACUGGCAGUGAGGACACCACAGCCUGUGUCCUGGUGCUCAGUGAGAACUCGCGGGCAGCUGUGCCCCUUGCCCGCAUCAGUGACCAUAUUUCCAGUGUAAGGACGUUGGCAUUCACCACAGGACCUGGAGAUGAGGGUUUUGGUGAUGAGGGCUUGUCUGCCCUGCUCUUCACUGCAGGUGGCCGUGCACAGAUCGAGUGCUACCGGCUGCUGUGCACUGGAGACACAGCAUCUGAGAGUGCUGUGGCCUGCCAGGUCAUCCAUGUGGCCUCCCACCGGCUGGACAAGCACUGGGAGCAGAAGAAGAACAGGCACAAGCUUAUCAAGAUGGACCCAGAGACGAGGUACAUGUCCCUGUCGGUUGUGCCUGGGACCAGCACCAAGCAGCUGCCAACACCCUGGAAGUUCCUGGCUGCUGCUUGCAGUGAUGGAUCAGUCCGGAUCUUUGGGCUGCUGGAGGCUGCUCGGAAGUUGGUGCUGGUAGCAGAGUCAUUUCACCACCAGCGCUGUGUGCUGAAGGUGGAGGCGUUCCUGCACACAUGGGCAGGAGGGGAAAGAGCGCCGUGCCGGGGUCACCGACUCACGCCGGCGGAUGAUGAGAUGUACCAACGGACGCGGGUGAUGGUGCUGGAGCCGGAGUCCCCCAACAUCAUGUUCAUCGAGAGCUACAGCUCUCGCGGCUUCACCAUCAGCGGAGACGUGGUGGUGGGGCCCUGCGCCGUGCUGCCCCGCAGCAUCCUCCAGUGGAACGUUGGCUCCCACCGGGACAUCUCGUACGAGAGUCUGUCGCUGUUCCGGCUGCUGGAGCCCCAGAUAGAGAUCCUGGUGCUGGGCACAGGGGACAGGGUGGAGCGGCUCCACCCCGCCACGCUGAAGCAGAUGCGGGAGUGCGGGAUUGCUGUGGAGGUGCAGGACACGGCAAAUGCAUGUGCAACCUUCAACUUCCUAAUGAAUGAAAGGCGCUUGGUGGCUGCUGGGCUCAUCCCCCCUCGAGGCACCAACGGGAUGUAGGCACUUCGUGCCUUGCCCAUGGGCUGAGCGGUUCUUCCCCUGCCUGCCUGAAGCCCCCGAGGGUCACAGCUCUCAACUGAGAAACGCUGCAUAGUGAACUGUGGAGCUGCCGGCUGGGUGAUGGCUCUGCAAACAGGAGGGCUGUGAAAUACAUGGGCUUACCUCUUCCCUGCAGUCCCUGGCUUCUUGGCCUUCCUGCCCAGUGUGGGCUGGGGACCGUGGGGCACAGUACAAGGCCUUGCUGGCAGCACUGCUCCCACAGCCCUGCCAAGAUCAUGCCCCACACCUUGGCAGCAAGAAGUCUCACCUGAGGGAGGGUGAAGGCUGGUGGGGUGAGCUCUACACCCCCCAGGCACAUCUGGGGCUCUACAAGGAAAAUAUAUGUAAAU